UAGACAACUAUUUUGUUUUUCAUCUUCUUGUUUUAUCCAUAUUAUUUAUACAAACAUCUCCUUUUCAUUAUCAUAUAACAACAAAUUAAUAUUACCCAGCUCAAUAAGAGAUGCAACGUAAUGGCAACAAUGGAACACACGCCGCUUGUGCAUCGUGCAAGCAUCAACGGAAAAAGUGCGGCGAGGAAUGUAUAUUACAUCCAUAUUUUCCGGCGGAAAAGAGCAGAGAAUUUCAAGCUGUUCAUAAAGUUUUUGGUGUAAGUAACGUUAUGAAACUAGUUAAAAGUGUCCCCGACGAGGAUCGUCAGAGACUCGCCGAGUCCUUAAUUUGGGAAGCUUCAUGCAGACAAAAAGACCCCGUUUUAGGUCCGUUCGCCGAGUACACAAAAAUCUCCGACGAGCUAAAAUUAUACAAAACACAAUUAUUUCAUCAAAAUCAUCAGCUGGUCACGACGGUGGUGAACCAACCGAACCAUCAGAAUCAUCAGAAUCAAAUGCUGAUGCCUCCAACGCCGCCGCAGCAGGGUAUGAUGUAUAAGCCGUCGACGGUUGCAUGGAAUAGUACGAAAGGAAUUGUAAGUAAUGGAGGCGGCGGAGGUGGCGGUGGUGGUGGUGGUGGUGGUGGAGGAGGAUACCAUCAUGAUAAUGUGAUGGUUGAUCCAAAUGGAUUUAUUUAUCCAAGUUAUAAUAAUUAUAAUAAUAGUGCAAAUAAUAUUAAUGUGCAAAGUUUAGUGAAAGUAAAAAAACAAGAAAAAGAAAAUUCAGCUUGUUCUCCGUUGAUAACUUCGCAGCAGCCACCUCAGCAGCAACAUUCUGUUAAUGCUGCUUAUAAUCAGCAACCGUAUUAUUUCGCAGGCCAAUAUGCAAUGAAUGGCAAGAAGAUGGAUAGUACACCAUGGGAGGCUGGAUCAUAAAAAUUACUUACAACUGAUCUUAUACUUGCAAUUAAUUGAUUAAAUUUGAAGAAUACUUUUUUUUAAUAA